GAUGAACAAGAUCCGAUGGUCAAGAAUGCGAUAUGGACGUCCGGCGAACGAACAUGGGCUGUGAAGGAGCGAUCUGCAAAAGAAUGGGAUGAAGUAGCGAAGCAAUAUCUAGAAGCGGAGCAGUGGGCCGCGACUAUUGCGUCCUCUACCCAUGCCAUAAGACGCGAUCCGUCCGUGCUUUCUUACCGCAUUAAACGCGGAGCCGGUCACCUUGGCUUUGGAAAUUAUCCCUCCGCAAUUCAUGACCUCCAUAUUGCGCUAUAUCAUAAAUCUGCAGGAAAUCAGGAAAUCUUCUUGAUUUUGAACUUGCUAGGCCCCUUGAUCACGCGGAUCGAAGAUUGUGAGAAAUUGGAAGAGCAGCAAGCCAACGGGGUCUAUGACUGGGAUGAAGUAUGCAGACAAGUCGCAACUGACGAGGAUCCGGUCUUUGCGGACUUCAUCGGACCAGUAGGAAUUGAGGAAAUGCCUCAUCGAGGUGGUGGUCGAGGUGUUGUCGCAACGAGGGAUAUCGCUCCUGGAGAGCUACUCGUAAGCAUG